UUAAAUCCGCACAUGUUCGGCUUCGACAAUUUUAUUUUAGUCACUUCUUUUCACUCUCCACCCGAAAUUUUCGCAUGGGUGAGAUUAGUAAAAAAAAUUAGUUUCAUACGAAUUACAAGUUAAGUUCUACAUGGAACAUAAAAAAAUUAUUACAUUGUGUUUUUGUUACAAACAGUACUAUAAGUGAGCACCACGACUUAAUUAGCAAUCAAAAUGCUACGUUGUUGCGGCUGUCGGCGGUUGCAGAGAUUAUCAAUGUAUCCGGUUGGGCGAAUAAAUGCUUCAAAAGAUUCACGUGAAUUUUUCUCUACAACAAUCAGCCCUGAUUUGGAACAAAUCAAUGAAAAGAAUCAGAAUGGCAAUGUGCACGUCAACCCAUGCAAAAUUCAAAUGAUUUCCGACCAGCUCUUUGACCAAGUAUUUAUUGAUCGUUAUCGUCAGAAGGUGUACUCGGAAGACUUGGUGGAGAAGUGCAGGCGACAUUUGGAAGCACACAAUCUCUGGGGGCAGAAUGUAGAUAUUGCGGAACCAAUCAAGUUUCACCUUCCAGAAUUAGAGGGCAAUGAUAUUAACCAUCACUUUCAAAACAUUGCAAGACAACAGACGUUCCGAUAUAAAAAUUUGCUUGACAAACUUGUUAAAACUGAAAUUCCAGCACUUCCAACUAAAUGGGUGUUCGAUGUUGGAUGGACCAAGUAUCACAAGGAUGGGCGAACUGAAAGUGUUCCAUUUCCUGUAGAAAAUGCAAUGGUUUUCGACGUAGAAGUCUGCAUGUCACAUGGACAAGUUCCAACAUUGGCAUGUGCGUUGACAACAGACGGCUGGUAUUCCUGGUGCUCAUCCUCGCUUUUUACGGGAAUUAGCCGCAAUCCCUCGUCGAGGCACAAACUUGAUGAACUGAUACCGCUGGAAACCCUAAAUGGGGAAAUGAAACCACCACAAUCACGAGAUUGGGUCGAGAAAAUAGUCAUUGGUCAUAAUGUCAGCUACGAUAGAGCAAGGAUUAAAGAACAAUAUUUUUUAGAGAAGACAAAACUAAGGUUUAUGGACACAAUGUCUCUGCAUAUUGCUGUCAGUGGGAUUACGAGUUUUCAAAGGGCCCUGAAAAUGAGUAUGAAAAGUCGAAUGAAACGUGAGGGGACAAAAUCGGCUCCUGGAAUCGAUACUUCUGCCUUAGAUUGGGACGAACUUAGCUCAUUAAAUAAUUUGUCGGAUGUGCACAAUCUUUACUGCAAGGGCGAAGUUAUAAACAAAGACGAGAGGAAUAUUUUUGUCAAAGGAACCCUGCAGGAUGUCCGGGAUAAUUUCCAAAGUCUGGCCCUGUAUUGCGCCAAAGAUGUUCGAGCCACUCAUGAAAUAUUGCAGCAUCUUCUCCCCUCUUUUUAUGAACGGUUUCCACAUCCCGUAACGUUAUGCGGUAUGUUGGAGAUGGGAACAACAUAUUUACCAAUCAAUCAAAAUUGGGUUUCAUACAUGAACAGUUCGGAGGAAGUGUUUAAACAGUCAGAAAAUGAAGUCAAGUCAAUUUUAGUGCAGAAAGCAAACGACGCUUUGAAGCUUUUAGAAAACGAAAGAUAUAAAACAGAUCCAUGGCUUUGGGACUUAGACUGGAAGAUAUCAAAAAAACGAUCCAGUAAGAAAGCAUCUGUGGAGACGGAUAAAAAUACCCAAUCGUUGCAGGAUACACACGAGUACCCAGCUUGGUAUAAGAAAUUAUUGUACAAGCCUGGAGAUCCUGACUAUCAACCCGGACCUUCUAAAAUCAGCUCAUCUAUGCAAAUAGUUCCAAAAUUAUUAAAACUAACUUGGUUUGGAUUUCCAUUACACCAUUCAAAAACUGGGAAAUGGGGAUUUCUUGUAAAAAAGUCUAAAGAAGCGAGGCAAGAUAUACAGCAAUCCUUGUCAGAAUUUGAUGAAGAUGAAAACGAUGACAAUGAAAAUGAGAAUGCAACAAAAUUUCCAUUUAGAAAUUGGGAAGAGAUUUAUGACGCCAGCAAAGCAAAAUUAGUGAACCGAAUAGGAGGCAGUCCAUCCACAGACUUGUCCAUUGCAAAAGAAGAAUUAAAUCAUAAAUCUGAGGAACUAACUCAAGACUUGUCGGAUUUCCUUAAAGGCUUAAAAACGGUUACUGGUCGAACGUUUAUGCAAAACUAUCCAACGGAUCCGAACCUUGGACAACGAAAUUCGCCUCAUCCCGAUUGUGAAUUUAUACCACUUCCUCACAAGAAUGGGGUCAACUACAAGGUAGGAAACCCACUUGGCAAGGAUUUUUUGAGCAAAAUUGAAGAAGGAAUUUUAAGUUGUCAAAAUGGCCAAGAUGUGGCUGACAAAGUUGUAAAAAUCAGCAAACAAUCGUCGUAUUGGAGAAACAACAGAGAUAGAAUAUUCGGACAAAUGACAGUGUGGUACGAUAAUCAGGCGGAAGGUACUUCGAGUAACAAGCAAUCUGAAAUGGGAGCUAUAGUUCCACAGGUUGUUGUUGCUGGAACGUUAACAAGGAGGGCUGUCGAACCGACAUGGAUGACAGCGUCUAACGCGUAUGAAGAUAGAAUAGGAUCAGAGCUUAAAAGUAUGGUGCAGGCCCCACCCUCGUAUAAUUUUGUUGGUGCAGAUGUUGACUCUCAAGAACUUUGGAUUGCUUCCGUCAUUGGAGAUGCGCAUUUUGCAACUAUGCAUGGUUGUACCGCUUUGGGCUGGAUGACCUUACAAGGCACAAAAAACUCUGGAACAGACAUGCAUUCAAAAACUGCAUCCGUAAGCGGAAUUAGUCGAGAACAUGCCAAAGUCUUAAAUUAUGCAAGAAUUUAUGGUGCGGGAGUAAAAUUUGCAGAGAGGCUGUUGCUACAGUUUAAUAGGACCAUGUCCCCAAACGACGCUAGGCAAAAAGCAAAACUGAUGUUCAAAAUGACAAAGGGUGACAGAAAAUAUCUGCUUAAUCACGAGGGUCAGCAGCUUGCCAGCCAAUCGGAAGAAUUUGAGCACCGUUGCAUGGAUCCUAUGACUAAGCCUGAGCUUGUACGAAUUAUGUCGUUUCACCACUUUCCGUACAGAGAAUACAUGUCACUAGUCGAUAAACUUGUUUGGGAUAAUGGUACAGAGUCAUUCAUGUUCAACAGACUGGAAGAGAUAGCACAAGAGGAAAAUCCUCAGACUCCAGUUCUUGGGGGCUUAAUCAGUCGUUCACUGAUUCCAUCGGUGGUUCAUGACGAUUAUAUGACUAGCCGAGUGAACUGGGUGGUACAAAGCUCUGCAGUGGAUUACCUUCAUCUCAUGUUAACAUGCAUGGGAUGGCUGAUAAAAAAAUUCAAUUUGAAUGCAAGAUUUUCUAUCAGUGUUCACGAUGAGGUUCGGUAUUUAGUACAUUCAGACGACAAAUAUAAAUUGGCACUGGCUCUUCAAAUUACAAAUCUGCUAACCCGAUCAUUCUGCUCACAUCGUUUGGGAAUAUACGACCUCCCUCAGUCGGUGGCAUUCUUUAGCUGUGUUGAUAUAGACACAGUUCUUCGGAAAGAGGUUACCCAUGACUGCAAAACCCCUUCUAAUCCACAAGGACUAGCAAAAAUGUACAACAUACCAGAAGGGGAAGCAUUAGAUAUUCGGAAAACUCUAGAAUUUACCAACGGAAGUUUGGUUCGAUGAAAAAUGAUGAUAAUGUAUGAUAGACAACUACGCCGACAACGACAAGUCUUAAAUUGAAGAUUGUCCAGAAGAAGCUCGCAACGCCCGUAACUGAAACUCGAUUACGCUGAGGGACGUAGGCGAAGUUUAUCGUUUGUACUGCCGGCCAGAAUAAAAGUCCCGUCUACGUUAAAACAGGAAAAUUAUAUUUGCGACCUGCUCCUUGAAUUCCCCAAAUUGUGUGUUUAUUCCUUUUGAUCGUGCUACCUUAUAUGUUUGGACAAAUUUACUCUUCAACUCGUCCACAGCACCGUCCCAAGUCUUUCCUUCUAAUAGACUCAUCCCAAUGUAAAACGAAGAGAUCUAUUUGCAAGAACCAACGAACAAUGAAUGACGUCCAUAACUUUAUUAUUAGAUAAUUUUUGUAAUAUACUUACAGCAAAUGGGCUGUACAUGAAUUGUUCACAAGCAACCUGUGUCAAGGAACCAAAAAAAUGUGCUUAGUGCUUAUCUAGAUUUGUAACCA